AUGAGCUCCAGGAGUAGCAGCAGUCAAGUGCCCGGUUUAAACGACGCAUCAUCACCUGAAGAACUUGCUGCUCUUUUAAAGAAAACCUAUGCUACUCUUCGCUCCAAAGAAAAAGAUCUCAAACUUGCUGCAGAACUUGGGUGGUCCCUGAUGGAUAACAAUCUGGAACUCAAAGCAAAACACGACUUCCUGCUUCAGCAACGACGAAACAGUCCGGAACUGAUAGUGAAACCAUCUACCUCAAUUCUGACCAGAUCAAGGGACACACAUGAAAACGCCUCCCAGUGGCUGCAGCGUGUCGAUUCACCCGGCGGAUUCAGCGAUGAUAGCAACAACAGUACCAUGCGACUAAUUCCACGACAACAAGCACACGACGCUAUCGUCCAAAUGCUCACCGAGAAAAACCGAGCCACGCAAGCAUCACUAGACUCAACCUUGGCAGAUCUUAACGCCGCAAGAAUAGCCGGCGGUGAACGAGUACAAUUAUUGAAAGACGAGAUGGUUCGCCUACAACAACAGUUGGAUGCUGCCGCUCAGACUAUUGAAACGAUUGAGCAUCAGCGUCGCGAAGAGACUCAACGUCCCCGAACAGAAUCACCCCUACCAGUAGAUGCCACCGAUGUUGAGCUACUGGCCCAGAUCGACGAAUUAGAGGCAGAAAACCAGCGCCUUUUAGCAACAAAAACAACAGCUCAGACUAAACUAAAUGAAGCAACACAGAAUCUGAGCCGAUGGCAACAAGAAGUAGCAAAUUACGAAGCAAUGGAUGACCAGUACAAAAAGCAACAAGCAGCUUGUCAGCGACAAGCGGAUGAAAUCACACGGCUAACUGGAGCAGUCGAGGAGUACCGAUCACAACUCGCACGAUAUUGUGACCAUUCUAUGGCCGAGCCGGACAAUGACAAUGAAAAAGUCCUAGUUCAACAUCCUACUGACGAUAAUGGACUCAGGCCUCCGACACUCUUACAGCCAUCAAUAAGCACACAAACAAAUCUUCUCAGUGAAUUAGAACGUGCAUGGACUAAAGAGCUCGAGCAAGUACCAUUAGCAACAAUAACAACAACAACACCAGCUAGUAUCACAAGCGUUAAACUCGAUCGUCCACAAGCAUCACAGCAAAAACAACAGUACCAUGAGCAAGAGCAUUAUCAUCAUCAUCAUCAUCAGCAGCAGCAGCAGCAGUCGCCUUUAUCAGUAAACAAUGACGGCAUGUCCUUGACAAAUGAAUAUGUAUCUCUCUUGCCUAAUGAAAUACGUGAUGCAUGGGCCAAAGAGCUUGAUGCAGUUCACCCAUUAAUGACUCGGAUGCCAAGUAACAAACAUUAUUCAUCAGUUGGCAGCAGAAGUGCGACCACCGAUGCGGAUUAUCCAACUUACGAUCCUCCGUCUCCUGCAGCAUCCAUAUCUUGUCCCCCGUCAUUUCAUCCCCCAUCUGUAAAGCACUGCUACGCUGGAGCCGAAUCAAUCUACGCACAGCUAUCCGGAUCCGGUGUAACCGGCGGUCGUGGAAAGGCAUUCAUGGCAACAACAUACCAGUCUCGCCGAAGCCGGCCGUCGUACCAUCACCAUCAUCAGUAUCAACAGUCGAGCUUCUUGGUUAUGGUCAUCCAAAAGAUUUGGGGGUGGUAUCGGUUUUCUUUGAUUCUGUUUCUGGCUGUUCUUAUCAAUCUUUGGCAAGGCCCUGAUGCAAUUUUGGAGAAAUAA